AAGACAGUCACCUGGUGGUGAAGGACCGUAAAACAAGAUAAAGGAAAUCUCUGCGCUGCCAGAAAAUCCACCUUCCCUCUCCCUUUAACUCUCAACAUUUUUUCUUCGCUGACAGAGCAAGAGAAUUCAGAUGCAUAGGCUCUUCCAGUGCGAACACGACAGUAGUGAUUCAGUUGGAACUGCGCUCACUAAGAAAAGAACACAUCUUUGGGGUUUGGCUACAGAUCACGAGUUAGAAACGGGUUUUCCCGAUACAUCGAUUACAGGGAUUUAGAAGCACCGUUUUUUGCGCGCUGCUCCACCACACUGAACACAUUUCUUAAAUUUGCCGCAUCAAGAUGUUGAAGGAACCGGGUUUCUGGGUUUGCAGCAGCAGUUUUGCUUGCCGCUUGCUCGUUGCAGGAGACAAACCGACCUCACGUUGAUGGAAUAAGAAUUAUCUGGUCAAAUUAGCUGGGGCAGUCGGCUAACUGACAAAUUAUCCCUAUUCAUUUAAGUAUUAAGUAUCACGUGAAUUGUUAUUUUUGGUUUAUUUAUUUUUUUAUUUAGCUUCUGGAUUCGUGGUCAGUGGGAAUGAGACUGAUGAUUUCUGCAGGGGAUAGGCGGACUGGGACGAGUUUGAGCCGGGAACUACAAGUCUAGAAUUUAACAAGUUUGAAAGACUUCAUCUGCGUAUAUGGACCGAUCAGCGUCAUUGGAUAUUGAGGCUCUGAAGAUGACCCAGGAGCAGUACAUGUUGGCAGCCCAGCCGAACCCCUUGCAGAGGCCUCCCUGUGCCCAGGCCUACCCUGUGGGGAUAUACGGCUGGAGGAAGCGCUGCCUCUACUUCUUCGUCCUGCUGUUGCUGGUCACCAUGAUCGUCAACCUGGCCUUGACCAUAUGGAUCCUCAAGGUCAUGAACUUCACAGUGGACGGAAUGGGCGAUCUCCGCAUAACCAAACAAGGUGUGAGAUUGGAGGGUGUUUCCGAGUUCCUCCUCCCGCUCUACGUGAAAGAGAUGCAAUCGAGAAAGGACAGCCCCCUGGUCCUGCAGUCGGACAGGAACGUGACGGUUAAUGCCAGGAACGGCCUUGGUCAUCUGACGGGACAGCUGACAGUGGGGUCUGAGAUGGUGGAAGCACAGUGCCAGCGGUUUGAGGUGCGCAGCAGUGAUGGGGAGAAGGUCCUCUUUUCAGCAGAUGAGGAGGAGGUCAGCAUCGGCGUGGAGAAGCUGAGAGUGACAGGAACGGAGGGAGUGGUCUUUGGACAUUCUGUCGAGACACCGCACAUCCGAGCAGAACCUUUUCAGGACCUGAAGCUGGAGUCACCAACCAGGACCCUUGUGAUGGAGGCCCCCAAGGGGGUGGAGAUCAGUGCGGAUGUGGGGGACCUUAAAGCCACCUGCCGAAAAGACCUGCUGAUGCAGUCCACAGAGGGAGAGAUAUUUCUGAACGCGAACACAAUCCGACUGGGGAACAUCCCGCACGGCACCCCGGCCAGCCCUCUCGGGCCCACCUACCCCAAACUGACUGUGUUCGAGCUGUGCGUGUGUCCCAGCGGGAAGCUCUACCUGUCUCCAGCCGGGACCGGCUCCACCUGCCACACCACCAGCAACGUCUGUCUGUGGAGCUGAAGGCAGGCUCGGCUCCUCCACCAGAAAAGCCUUUGGUACUGUACUGUCCUACCCCGGGCCCUUCCACCUGUCCCUAUUAACCCCCGAAACCACCCCCCUCCACCCGUCCCAAUCCAAAAUCAGGAAUCGCAGAAAGGCUACCGAGGCCUCUUCCUUCUUUCCGGAACGUACUGGAGCAAAAACAGAGCCUCUUUUUAUUUUU